ACUUCGGGUCGCGUGUGUAUCCGCUGGAGAACUUCGACUUAUACCCUCCUUGGAGACAAAUAAUCAGCAUGAAAUUUGGGGUACAAGACUUGAUAGUUUGGGCAGCAGUCAUCGUAAACUCUUUCGGUAUCGACGCGAUUCACUUCCGCAGUGUUGGAAAGAACUACAACAUCAACUACAACAGCAACACAAAUACCAAUUUGGAUUUGAGUCGGUUGUAUCAGACAAUUGUGGAACAGUUUGACGGUUCAGAGAUCAAAGCUCCACUGUCAGCUCUUUGCUCCGCUGGCGGUCAGUGCUCGCAAUUCUACGAACACUUCGCGGCAUCUUUUUCUUCUGAUCAAGACGAAUUCGAGGAAGACUACUUCUACGACGACAUUGAUAAUGAAGACACUCUUUCACCGGAAGAAGCUUCCGGCGGUAUUCCUUUUACUACUCCAGAAGGCGAACACAUCGUCAGGCUAAUGCCAAUAUCCGAUGAGAACAAAUUGGAAGUUGUCGAACUGGACGCCGUCGAGGCUCCUGCGCUUUCUGCCGUUCCGCCAGUCAAUCAAUCCGGCCAGAUCAUUUCAUUAGAUUCCAUUAUAGUCGCAAACAGCUCGGAACAAGAGAGCGAUCCGUUGAAAACCUUCAACCAAACGCUGAGCGACGAUUCCUGA